AAACUAAAACUAACGCAACUUUUCAAAAGCAGCCGAUAAAAUGUCCUUGGAUCACGACUCAACCUUAUCCUUCUACUCCGAAUAAAAAUAGAGCCAAAGAAAUACCCGAAAUAAAUUUGAAUAUAAAUAACCAAUUGCCGGUUCAAAUGGAGUUGAGAACCCACGACAAAAACUGCCCGUCGAUGCAGCAGUCCUCCAGCCAGUUCUUCUACUUUCUCCGGCUGAUGCAACUGUUUCCUGACACGCAUCCUGCGACGUUGCACACGGUGUUGACGCUGUGCAAGAACGAUUUUUUUUGCGCCGUGGACAAACUGCUUUACGCCAAACGAUGCAAAGUGAUGUACAACAGGAGGCAGAACUUGUAUCAGAAGUUUUCCCAGACCAGAUCGCACCCCUACCAGAGCACCAACGCGGGAAACUCCAAGUGCGUGAGCAGUCAGCAGAAGGAUAAAAACGAAGUGGCAAAAGUUGUCGCCGAAAAACCUGUCGAAGUUGUUAAAAAGCAAUCGGUUAUCGUUAAAGCGAACGAAACUAUUCCGGAGACCAUCAUCGAGGACAAUAUAUCGAUUACAAUCAAUGAUUUGACUAAUUCAAUGUCUUCGUCACCAAAUGGGAUAACCGAUGAAGUUAAAGAUCUCUCCUGUCUAUCAACAAAUAAUGAAACUAGUAUUAAUAUUCCCUUGUAAGUUUAUUUGUGUUAAAAUAAAU